AUGGCGACGCAGCAAAGUGUGCAGUGCUUCGGCAAGAAGAAGACUGCAACAGCAGUCGCGCACUGCAAGGCUGGCAAAGGUCUUGUCAAGGUCAACGGCAGCCCACUCGCCCUCGUACAGCCAGAGAUACUUCGAUUCAAAGUCUACGAACCUCUCCUCAUCGUUGGUCUUGACAAAUUCGCCAAUGUGGACAUUCGAGUCAGGGUAAAUGGAGGCGGUCACACUUCACAGAUAUACGCUGUUCGGCAGGCCAUCGCAAAGAGCAUAGUGGCAUACUAUCAGAAAUAUGUGGACGAAUACGCAAAGAAUCAGUUGAAGCAAGCGCUAGUGCAAUACGACAGGACCUUACUGGUGGCGGAUAACAGGAGAUGUGAGCCCAAGAAAUUUGGAGGUCCGGGCGCGAGAGCGAGAUAUCAAAAAUCAUACCGUUAG